AUGCUGUCAGAAGGAUAUCUUAGUGGACUUACCUACUGGAAGGACAUUCACUGGAAUUGUGCAUCUUAUAAUGAGCCGGUGGCUGGGGACCAGGAUGAAGAGACAAGUUCUGUUGCUGCUCUUUCAUAUUCCUCUGUGGAUGAAACACAAGUUCAAAGUCUUUAUGUGAGCUGCAAAUCCUCUGGGAUUAUUUCAUCAGUGCAUGCAAGAGCUAGUCAGCACAGCAGAAGCCAGAGCAGAACAGUGCUACAGGCCAACACCAACCCUGUAUUUGAAAGUCCAGCCUUAGCUGCAGUUGGCAUAUGCAGAGAUGUGAUCAGGGAGACCUACUUGGUUCCACCUUCUUGUAAAAGUAUUUGCAAAAAUUACAAUGACUUACAUAUUGCAGGGGGACAGGUGAUGGCCAUUAACUCAGUAAUGGCAGAUUUUCCCUCCGAGAGCAGCUUUGAAGAUGGUCCUUUGCUAAAGUCAUCUGAGAUUUCUUUGUCCAUGGAGGAUUCCAUUUCUACUCAGCUCACCGAACUUCCCCUCAAACCUAUCCAGCGGUACUCAUCCUACUGGAGGAUAACCAGCAUCAAAGAGAAAAGCAGCUUGCAAAUGCAGAAGCCUAUGUCAAAUGCAGUGCUCAAUGAGUACCUGGAACAGAAGGUGGUGGAGUUAUAUAAGCAAUACAUUAUGGACACUGUGUUUCAUGACAGUUCUCCUACCCAGAUUCUGGCAUCAGAAUUCAUCAUGACAAAUGUAGAUCAACUUAGUCUUCAAGUGUCUAAAGAGAAAAACCUGGACACUUCGAAAGUCAAGGACAUAGUUAUUAGCCAUCUAUUGCAGUUGGUAUCAUCUGAGAUCAGCACCCCUAGCCUUCAUAUUUCUCAGUAUAGCAAUAUAACUCCAUAGAGAAGACUCCUGUCACUUCCACUCAUUCCCAUUAAUCCCAAGGAAAUACUGUAUUCAU